CUCAAUCAUGAUCAUCAGCCCCACGAUGCGCUUAAAAUUCCUUCGUGGCCAGGGCAUCGCAUGCGUACUGACAAUGGUUGUCGAAGCAAAGUCCCUCGAAUUCACGCGAUUUCCCUGCAGACGAUUCCCACGUCUCAGCGGUCUGCCAGCUAUCGGUUCAUUGUUGCCGGCCCCCAACCUCACAAUGUAGGAUAUUGCCUUGAGACUCCAAUUACCGCGGAUGCCUACGGGCUGUGUAGUUGACUUUUUGUGGCGAUCCGGACACGGUUAGGUUGCUUUUUCCUACGGCUGGAACACAGCCUCGUCUGAGCCUCAGCCUUCCUCCCAAUUCUUAUAUUCAAAUCUGCAUUGUGCCGUUGUCGCUUUCCCAUGGAAUACUCUCUAUUUUCCGAAAAUCGCUAAAAGCUAUGGAUCCCGAAUCUUUCGAAUCCGAUUUGCGGAAUUUGCGAUGCACCGAAGAGACGGAAGUGCAGUACUUUGACUCCCGUGAGGCAGCUGCGGGUGACAGCGUUCUGAAUGAGCAGGAACUCUUAUCCAAAAUUCCCAGCAUCGUAAGAAAGAUACUCGGAUACACAGAUAUGUACUAAUACAACCCCUAGUCCGGCCUCCUCGAGCAUACCCCAGCGCAAUCGUCAACAACUUCGGACGGGCAUGUUCCCUUCAUCUUGAUAACAGCAAACGGUGACCCAAAUAAAUUCAGACUCGGCACUGAAAAGCCACUCCGUAUUUCGACAACAGCCCUGAAAACCCUCGUUACUAGUGGCAUUCUCUCCC